AUGUCCCUUCACAAGGAUUUUGAGCCCAUUCGAGGUCAGCUGCUAAAUCGCAGUCUUGCUCCCUCUCUUGAUACUGCUGUGAAUGAGUUGGUUAGAAAAGAAGCUCGUCUUGCAACCCUUCAAGCUCAGAAUAAGCUCAAUGUUUUGGCUAUUACACCUUCUGCUCCACCCAUAGAGCAACCUCAACAAUCAGGUGAUUCCUCUGGCUCUAGCAAUCGUCGCAAGCAGACUAACAAAAAGUUCUGCAACUAUUGCAAGCGUCCUGGCCACACCAUUGAGACUUGUUAUCGUCGCAACAAAUCUACUGCUGCCGUUGCUAAUACUGAGCCUACUCCGCCGAUGGCUUCCAUUUCAGCUGAGUUCCAGUCUUCUGGAUCCACUAUCAACCUCUCUCCCACUGAACUACAGGAGAUCAUAGCUCAGGCUGUUCGUAUGGCUGGUAAUGCAUCUCUUUCCACUGCUCUCUCAGUUCUACCCGCUGCUGCAGUUUCUUCCUUACCAUCUCUUGCACUUUGGCAUUCUCGUCUUGGUCAUGCAUCAUCUUCUCGGGUACAACAGUUAGCUUCUAGGGGUCUGCUGGGUUCUGUGUCCAAAGACAAUUUUGAUUAUGAGUCUCUUGUUCCUUCUACAAAUACUUUUGAUCCUCCUUUUGACCCUUCUCCAGAUAUUUUUGAUGCUACUCCUAGAUAG